AUGGCCAUCAGGAGUUGUGGAAGCGAAGAGUUUCAGUGCACCAAUGGUCACUGCAUAGACAUCGCCUGGAAGUGCGAUGGAACCAAAGACUGCACGGACGAUUCCGAUGAGCUCAACUGCCCGCCUCCAUCAUGCAGCUCACAGCAGUUCAAAUGUGUGACCAGCGGUGAAUGCAUCUCGCUGGAAUUUGUCUGUGAUGGCGAGAAGGACUGCAAGGACGGCUCGGACGAAGAAAGACAAUGUGAUUACCCACAAUGCACUGAGAAGAAUUGUGCCAAUGGGGCUUGUUACAACAACUCUCAGCAUUGCAAUGGACUCCAAGACUGCAGAGAUGGUUCGGACGAAUAUAACUGCACUGUCAAUCAUUGCUCCACUCACGAAUAUCAAUGUGCCAAUGGCCUUUGCAUCCCCAACUACUUCUUAUGUGACCACUGGGACGACUGCGGGGACAACAGUGACGAGCAAGGCUGCGUGUAUCGGAGCUGUCGCGGCGAUGAGUUCACGUGUACCGAUGGCCGUUGUAUUCCUCAGUACUGGGUGUGUGACAAGUUCAAUGACUGUGGGGACCUUAGUGAUGAAAAAGGAUGUGACAGCAACUCCCGUGAUUGUUACCCCGGCGAGUGGGGCUGCCCGGGCUCCACGGCUUGCAUACCAGUGGGAAAGGUUUGUGAUGAGAAAGCAGAUUGUCCCGGCGGAACAGAUGAGACUAACUCCACUAUCGGGAAGAACUGCAGCCUGGAGCGCUGCUCAACCUUGAGCUGCGAGUAUCUAUGCCACGUGUCGCCAGAAGGAGGCGCUUGCUACUGCCCUGAUGGUUUCAUUGUAGGCAAUGACAGUCGCUCCUGUGUUGACUACAAUGAGUGUCAAAUCUGGGGGAUCUGCGACCAAAUAUGCGAAAACCGGCCCAACGCGCACCGGUGCAGCUGCGCUCCUGGAUACUUCCUGGAACAGGGUCACAUCUGCAAGGCCAAUGUGUCAGGUGAAAUGCCACACCUCAUUUUCACAGACGGAGGCGAUGUGAUGAUGGCCGACGUACACGGGCGCAACGUCCGAACAUUGGUGCCCGCUCAGGGGAAAAGUGUGGUUGUCGGCGUGGCGUGCCACCAGUACACUGGGACCGUCUUCUGGAGUGACACGUACAACAAGAAGGUGUAUUCUGCCAACUAUAACGGCGGAAACAUUAAGGAGGUUCUGACCACGGCGGUUCACAACGUGCAAAAUCUCGCCGUGGACUGGAUCAACUUUAAGCUGUACGUGUUAGAGGCGGCAGUGGAGCGCAUCGACAUGUGCGACUUUGACGGAGGGAAUCGGGUCACGCUGGUUGCUGAAAACCUGCAGAGUCCUCACGGCCUCGUCCUGGACCCCACAGUGGGUUACAUGUUCUUCACCGACAUGGGCGUCAGUAAAAAGGAGAUGAAGCUGGAACGGGCUUUCAUGGACGGCAGUAACCGCGUGGAGCUGGUGAAGAGCCGGCUGGGCACCCCGACCGCCAUUACCAUCGAUAUCGUCACAAAGAGGCUCUACUGGACCGACAGUCACUUUGACACCGUGGAAACGGUCACCUAUCACGGUUUACACAGGAAAGUGGUGCUCAACGGUGGAACCCAGGCUCCGCAUCCUUUCGGGAUGGCUGUCUUUGAGAACCAUGUUUUCUUCACGGAUUGGACCAAGAUGGGAGUGGUGAGAGCCAACCGCUUCAACGGCAACAGCCCGGCGCUCCUCUAUCGCACGGCCAAGCGACCUGGCCAUAUUGUCGUCUCGCACUCGGUGCUGCAGCCCAUCGUGAUGAACCCCUGUGGCCGUCACAACGGCGGCUGUCAGCAAAUUUGCGUCUUGAGCCACCGCACCGACAAUGACGGUCUGGGCUACCGCUGUAAGUGCCGCCUCGGGUACGACCUGCAGGACGACCUUCGGACUUGCUACAAGGUGAAGAACUAUUUGCUGGUGGCCACCUCCAUGGCCGUGCGAGGGAUCCCGCUCUCCUUUUCCCUCCAGGAGGACAUCACCCUACCCCUCGCAGGGCUGGCUUCGUCAUUUGCCGGCUCUGCUGUGGAAUUCGAUGGGAACGAGGAGGCGCUUUUCUACAACGACAGGUCCCGGGGCAUUAUUUAUAAGUCCACCCUCAAUGGGACUGUUCAGCAGAUUUUGACAGGUUACAGAGCUUCGUCCGUUGACGCCAUGGCCUAUGACUGGACCUCCAAAGUUCUGUUCUGGACUUCAAGCUCCUACAGGUCAGUGACGGCCUUCAGAAUCACAGACAAGUCGCGACGGGACGUCGUCACCGGAGUGAGGAGCCCAAAAGGAAUUGCAAUCCAUCCUGGUGCUGGUUAUCUGUUUUGGUCCGACUGGUAUCGCCCGGCCGUCAUCAUGAGGGCCUACCCCGAUGGCAGCGAUGCGGUACCGUUGGUCAAUACAACACUCGGAUGGCCGUAUGGACUGGCGCUCGACUAUGCACAAAACGUCUUAUACUGGGUGGACGCCCUCUUGGAUCAGAUUGGCCAUGUUGACAUUCAAGGCAACAACAGACAGACCUUCACCAAUAUUGGACAAAUCACAAAUCCUUACUCUUUGACUGUUUACUUAGACUACCUGUAUGUGGCUGACACCAGGACAAAAGCGAUAUAUAGAUUGAGAAAACGGGAUGGAGGAGGAAACAUUCUGAUCAGACAAGGACUCAACGAAAUCAUGAACAUCAAGGCCUACACAGCCGAUCUCCAUAGUAGUAUCGGUAGCCGUUGCAAUUCGGUACCGAACGGACGCUGCAGUCACUUCUGCUUCCCGACGCCGUCCUCCGGCCGCGUGUGCGGCUGUCCGUACGGCAUGAAGCUGCAGGCCAACCGGCAGGACUGCGUCAAGGACGACAGCGUCCCCCCGCCGGACAACAACUGCGGGGACUACUCUUUCGAGUGCGACGAGGGCCGAUGUCGGCCCAACUCCUACCGCUGCGACGGCUAUUUGGACUGCGUUGAUCAGUCCGACGAGGCCAACUGCACCCAUAUCGGAGCAACAUGCUCGCCCUUUGCCUUCACCUGUAACAACAAGCACUGCAUCAUGGCCGCGUGGCGCUGCGACGGCACGGACGACUGCGGCGACGGCUCCGAUGAAGUCGGCUGUCCCACCAACGUCCCCCACACCUGUUCCGCCAACUCCUUUACCUGCGAUAACAACAGAUGCAUCUCUCCGGCGUGGCUGUGCGACGGCGACAACGACUGCGGAGACGGUUCCGAUGAACACAACUGCAAUUCCACCAUCACAACCUGCGGCCCAUCCUACUUCCUGUGUCCCGACCACCGCUGCAUCUUCCAAAGCUACGUCUGCGAUGGAGACCAGGACUGCUUGGAUGGCUCGGAUGAGGAAAACUGCGAAUUUUCCUGCGCCUCCUAUGAGUUUCCCUGUGCCAACGGCGAGCAGUGCAUUAGUAGCAGUUAUCGUUGCGAUGGCGUGUUUGACUGCCGGGACCAUUCUGAUGAGCGAAACUGUCCCACUCGUGGCCCAGGCUUGUGCCACGACAACGAGUUCCAGUGUCAAACGGACGGAUUCUGCUUACCGGAUGACUGGGAGUGCGACGGGCAUCCCGACUGCGAGGACGGAUCGGACGAACACGUGGGCUGCCCGCCCGUCACCUGCUUAUCCAGCUACUUCCAGUGCCCAAACAAGAUGUGCAUUCCGAAAUACUGGUUGUGCGACGGGGAAAACGACUGCCGGGACAAUAGCGACGAGCAGAACUGUCCCACGCCGCCUUUCAAGUGUCCUGCCGGUCAGUGGAUGUGUCCCACUGACCAGGUGUGUAUUCUGCAAGAUAAAGUCUGCGAUGGCCAGAAGGAUUGCCCGAACGGAGCCGACGAGUCGCCUAUCUGCAAUGAAGAAGACUGCGCACUGAACAACGGCGGCUGCAGCCACAUCUGCUUUCAAGGACCGUUCGGAGCCGAGUGCAAGUGCAUGCCGGGUUUCCAGCUGCUGAACGACUCCAAGACGUGCGACGACAUCGACGAGUGUCUCAUUCCGGGCUUUUGUAGCCAACAGUGCUACAACGAGAGAGGAAGCUUCCGCUGUUACUGCUCUUUUGGUUACCUCCUGGAACCAGACGGGCGCACUUGCAAAGCUGUAGACCCUCUGUCCGCUGUGCUCAUGGUAGCCAAGCGUAACCAAGUCAUCGCCUACAGCAUCAACGCAAAGCCUCCCACCGUCAGUCCAGUGGUGGGCGGUUCGAGCAUCGUGACCGUUGACUUUGACCGAGUCACUUCCAGGGUGUACUGGGCGGACGCCACCCAGAAGAAGAUCUGGAGUGCCUACCGGAAUGGAACCGAUAGACAAGAACUUUUCUCCAGCGGUCUGAUGAUGCCAGAGAGCAUCGCGGUGGACUGGGUAGCCAGAAACCUUUACUGGACCGACUGGGCCAUGGAGAACAUCGAGGUGUCCACACUGGACGGUCGCUUCCGUAAAGUGCUCCUCAACCAAAACAUUACAAGCCCCCGCGGCCUGGUUUUAGACCCUCGCAACCACACCAACUUCAUGUUCUGGUCCGAUUGGGGUCAGAAUCCGAGGAUAGAACGAGCCGACAUGGAUGGAGGCAUGAGACAGGUUAUCGUCAGUACAAAGAUAUACUGGCCCAACGGCUUGGCGCUGGACUACACCGCACGCAGGGUUUACUUUGCCGACGCUUACCUUAAAUACAUCGACUACUGUGACUAUGACGGCAAGAACCGCUAUCAAGUUAUGGCAAGCGACAUGGUUCUUCAGCACCCGCACGGCAUGACCAUCUUCGAGGACAAUGUCUUCUGGUCGGAGCGCUACACCAGCAAAGUGAUGAGCACCAACAAGUUCCACGGUGGCAACGUGAGCGUGCUGCUCAACAGCGUCUAUCAGCCCAUGGGCAUCGUUAUGGACCAUCCCAUUAAACAGCCUGCAGGCCUCAAUCCGUGCAAAGACCAUCUGUGCAGUCAACUGUGCCUGCUGUCGGGCUUCAGGCCAAGAUAUUACACUUGCCACUGCCAGUCCGGAUGGACGCUGGAUAAAGAUAAACGCACAUGCAAUAAAGAUAAAACCCCCUUCUUGAUGGUGGCAAAAGAUUCCGUGAUUUUCGGGAUCCCGCUGGACCCGGCCGACCCCUCGGAAAAUGCGAUACCGCCGGUGUCGGGCAUCGGUCCGAGCGGCGACAUUGACUUUGAUGACCGGGAGCAGUUUAUUUACUGGGUGGCGUCAUCAGGUUCCAUAUGGCGAGUGCACACCAACGGCACCAACAGAUCUCAGUUUGCCCCAGCCGCUCUCCUGGGUAGGCCGUCUGGUCUGGCUUUUGAUUGGAUCAGCCGAAUAAUGUAUUACAGCAACCCCACUGCUAAGUCCAUCGAGGUAAUCCGAGUUGAUGGAAAGCAGCACUACAGGAAAACUCUCAUCACCUCCACCGGGAAACCAGAAGGCGUCGGACAACCUCUUGGAAUCGCCUUAGAUCCAGCAAGAGGGAAAUUAUUCUGGACCGACCAAGGAUCGUCAAACGGGGUUCCUCCUAAGGUGAGCAGCGCUGACAUGGAUGGGAGCAACCUCAAAGUCCUCUUCGAGGGCAAUUUGGAAAACGUCGGCUACAUCGCUGCCGAUAUUUCCACUAGGAAACUUUACUGGGGUGUGUCGGGCUCAGGACUGAUCGAGAGCGGCACCAUGGACGGGGCGAGUCGAACGAGAGUGGUCACCGACCUGUCUCACCCGUGGGGGUUGACUAUCCACGAGAGCCAUCUGUAUUACACGGACCGUGACUUUGAGGUCAUCGAGAGGGUGGACAAAGAGACGGGCGGCAAUAUGGUGGUGAUGAGAAGCGGCUUGUCCAAACUGACCGCUAUCAAAGUGCACGCCAGAGACGUCUCAGCAGGGACGGCAAACGCUUGCAGCUCCAACAACGGAGACUGUCCUCACCUCUGUCUGCCCAAACCCGACGGAAAACGGAGCUGCGCCUGCACCGUAGGCUUCCACCCGACUCCGGACGGCUCCCGCUGCGAAGCAUUCGACUCCUUCGCCGUCGUCUCCACGCCCCGAUACAUCCGCGGCUUCCACAUUAACAGCUCGGAUCAUUCUGAGGCCAUGGUGCCCAUCGGUGGAUCGUCUUACAAGGAGAAUUUAGGCCUCCACAUUGAGUCAGGUUACGUCUACUGGAUUGACAACAGCAGCUCCUCUGCCAAGGGCAUCUACAGGAGCAAAACUGACGGAUCAUACUACCAAAAGGUGGUCUCCAGCGGCAUUGGAAGAGGAGGCAUCCAGGGUCUCGCUAUCGACUGGGUUGCUAACAAUUUGUACUUCACCAACGCCUUUGACGCGGAGACCUUCCUGGAAGUGCAGGCCAUCAACAAAUCCUACCGCCUGAUCCUCUUCAAGUCCAUCCACGACAGGCCCCGCGACCUGGCCGUCAACCCCAAGGAGCGCUACCUUUUCUGGACCGACGGCGGCCAGAUGCCUAAAAUUGAGCGCGCGCUGCUGGACGGCACCAACCGCACCGUGCUGGCUUCGGAGAGUCUGCUGUCCCCUCGCGGCCUCACCGUCGACUACACCAACGACUUCCUUUACUGGACGGACGACGUUCUGGACAUGAUCUCUCGUAUGGCUCCCGACGGCUCGCAGAGGCAGAUUAUCCGAUACGGCAGUCGCUACCCGGCUCCUACAGGAGUCGCUAUACUUGGUAACGUCAUGCUGUGGGUGGACAGAAAUCUUGGCAAGCUCUUGCAAGCCAGUAAACUGCCGGGAAAUCAUAACCAAUCAGAGGUAAUACGAUACAACCUCGAGGGCGCGACGGACGUGGCCAUCUUCGACCCUCACGUGCAGCCUUUAGCGGCCCACCAGGUGGGCUUCAACCCGUGCCACGAGGAUAACGGCCGCUGCCAGCAAUUCUGCUUCGCCAUCCCCGACCAGGACCGGCCCAAUUGCGGCUGUGCCCACGGCUCGCUCCUCAGCAACGGAAUAACGUGCGGUUACAAACAAGAUGACUUUCUGGUUUUCACCACGGACUACACGCUCAACAGUAUGAGGCUGGACCCCCAGGACCACAGCAGUCCUUUCCCCACCUUUAACCUGGGCUACAACUUAAUGGGUUUGGAUUUUGACUACAAGGAGAGACGGGUUUUCUUCACCCAGUUCAACGGCUACGGCAGGAGCAAGAUUGGCUACGUCACCACCACGUCCCCCAGUAGCCCGCCCACCGUCAUCGCGUCAAAUUUGGACGACCCCGAAGGCUUGGCGUACGACUGGGUCAACAAACGCCUCUACUACACCGACUUCUAUCUAAAGAACGUGCAGUCGAUUGGCUUGGACGGCGCCAACCGCACCGUCAUCGCCCACGCAAACCGACCUAGGGGCAUCAUAGUCGACCCUUGCUACGGGUACUUGUACUGGACCGACUGGGCCAUCCCCGCCAAGAUCGAAAGAGCCACGCUGGGCGGGAACUUCCGAACCGCCAUCAUCAACAGCGGCUUGUCAACACCCAAUGGCCUGGCUAUCGACUUUGAGGAAAGGCUCUUGUACUGGGCUGAUGCCUCGCAAGAUAAAAUUGAGCGGUCCACUCUGACGGGCGCAAACAGGCAACUGAUCAUGCUGGGGGUCCAGUACCCCUUUGCCUUGACCGUCUUCAAGCAGGACAUCUUCUGGACCGACUGGACGGAGCGGGGCGUCUUCAGGGCGGGGAAAGACGACGGUUCUGGCGUGGCAGUCCUGGCCCAGGACCUUCAAUACCGGCCAAAUGACAUUCAUGUCUAUUCCGGGUCCAAGCAGGAGAGCUGCUCCAGCUCCUGCCUGCAGUUCAACGGUGGCUGUAGUCACGUGUGUGUACCUGGCCCAGCGGGACCAGAGUGCCAGUGUCCUCACGAAGGGAAGUGGUACCUGGCCAAUAACGGCAAGGACUGCAUCCGAGACAACGGCACGCGCUGCCAGCCCGAGCAGUUCACCUGCCUCAACGCCAAGUGCAUCAGGGCCAGCUGGAAAUGUGACGGCUUCAACGACUGCGGCGACCACUCGGAUGAGCUGGAGAGGGUGUGCGCCUUCCACACCUGCUCGAGUCAUGAGUUCACCUGCGACAACGGCCGCUGCGUACCGCUCAGCUACUCUUGCGACUACACGGACGACUGCGGCGACAAUAGCGACGAACGGGGCUGCCCUUUCCCCACUUGCAACCCCGACUCGGAGUUCACCUGCAACAACGGCCGCUGCAUCGCCGCCGACUUCGUUUGCGACGGCUACAACGACUGCAAAGACAACGCCACCUCGGAUGAAAUCAACUGCCCUGACCGGCAGUGUCCGUCAGGCAAGGUCAAAUGCGACAACACCAACAUCUGCAUCUACCCCGACAAUCGCUGUGACGGUUACAACAACUGCGGCGACAACAGCGAUGAGAAUCCUCUCUUCUGCGCGGGCCGCACCUGCCCCCCGAAUAAGUUCCAGUGCGACGCUGGCAAGUGUAUCCCCCAAGAGUGGGUGUGUGAUACCUACAAGGACUGCAACGAUGGCACUGAUGAACCUCCUUCCUGCGAGCAUCAGGUGCUCACUUGCAGCGCCAGCCAGUUCACUUGUACCAACGGAAACUGCGUUCCUCAGUUGAUGGUGUGUGACGGCAACAAUGACUGCUGGGACAACAGCGACGAGGCUCCUGAGCUGCAGUGUGGCCAGCGUACGUGCAGCUCUCACCAGUUCACCUGCCCGACUUGGCUGCCGGGUCACCCGCGCUGCAUUUCCUUGAACUUCGUGUGCGACGGUGCUAAAGAUUGCGCAAACGCGGCCGAUGAGCUCCAAAACUGCCCAAAUCGGACCUGCCACAUGAAUGAGUUUGCCUGCGCCAACGGCCUUUGCAUUCUCCUUCCCUACCACUGCGACCGCGUGAACGACUGCGGGGACGGCAGCGACGAGCUGGGCUGCACCUACGACACGUGCGCCGCUUCCCAGUUCACCUGCGGCAACGGCGCCUGCAUCUACGCCUCUUACGUCUGCGACGGCGAGAACGACUGCCUGGACGGCUCGGACGAAGCGGCCAGCCUGUGCGUGACGCCGCAACCCACGUGCGCGCCUCAUCAGUACAUGUGCAAGUCGGGCCAGUGCAUCGACGCAAAGAACGUGUGCAAUGGGGUCAAGGACUGCCCGGACAACAGUGAUGAAAAAGGCUGCGGAAUCAACGAGUGCCUCAACUCCGCCGUCCACCAGUGCGCCCAGCAGUGCACUGACACGCCUACCGGUUACUUCUGCUCCUGCAAUCCCGGCUACCGUCUGAUGGCCGACGGCAAAGCCUGCGAGGACCUGGACGAGUGUCUGGACACUCCGUCCGUCUGCAGCCAGAUCUGCGACAACACCGCCGGCUCCUAUCACUGCAAAUGCGCGCCGGGAUACCUCCGGGAGCCCGACGGGCGCGGCUGCCGCCAGAACAGCGGCAUCCAGCCUUACCUGCUGUACACCAAUCGCUACUACAUCCGCAACCUGACCACGGACGGCUCCCAGCUGAGCGUGGUGCUGCAGGGGCUCUCCAACGCGGUGGCGUUGGAUUUCGACUAUUCGGAGAAAAGCCUUUAUUGGUUCGAUGCAGGGGUCGGGAGGAUUGAGCGCAUGCGUUUUGAUGGGAGUGGCAGGGAGGUGGUGGUGGAUAACGGCAUCCUGGGAACAGAGGGCCUGGCGCUCGACUGGGUGGGCAGGAAGCUGUACCGGGCGGACGCUUACUACGGCUCGGUUCACGUGAUGGAGCUGGACGGUCGCUACAUGAAGAAGCUGAUCUCCGGCCACUUCACCGAUGGGAACCGCACUUACGUCGUUAGCCGACCGCGGGCUGUGGCUGUUAACCCUAAAUACGGGUGGCUGUACUGGACCGACUGGGCAGACACUCCUUACAUCGGCCGAGCAGGCAUGGACGGAAGCAACGUCACCGCCAUCAUAACGACCAAGCUGGAGUGGCCCAACGCUCUGACCAUCGACUACACCACCAAUAAGAUUUUCUUUGCCGACGCCCACCUUAACUUUCUCGACUUCGCAGACAUGGAUGGCAAGAAUCGACACCGAGCCCUCGCCGGCACACUCCCCCACGUCUUUGCCGUGUCCCUCUUUGAGGACUCGCUGUACUGGACGGACUGGAACACACACUCGGUGGAAAAGGCUCACAAGUACACCGGUCAAGGGCGCGUGGUCAUGGGCAACAACACGCACCGGCCGUAUGACCUUCAUGUGGUCCACCCGUACAGGCAACCACCAAGUGAAAACCCGUGCUUGUCCCACACCCUGACCUGCAGUCAUCUGUGUUUGAUCGCACCUGGUGGGCAGAGAGCCACCUGCGAGUGUCCCGAUCACUACAUCGGAAUCUCUCUGGGCUUCAAGAUCCAAUGCGUUGCCGACUGCUCCAGCACACAGUUCCGCUGCGGCGACAACGAGAGAUGUAUCCCAAUAUGGUGGAAAUGUGACGGCCAGUCGGACUGCGGCGACGGCUCCGAUGAACCCCAAACCUGCCCGCCUCGUUAUUGCCCCAUCGGCCGCUUCCAGUGUCGCGAUGGGAACUGCACGUAUCCCGGUUUCCUUUGCGACGCACACCCAGAUUGUCCCGACGGUUCCGACGAGGACGCCGCUCUCUGUAGCGACCAUCGGUGCGAGCAAAACCAGUUCCAGUGCAAGAACAAGAUGUGCAUCCCCGCGUCGUGGCACUGCGACGGGGUGAAGGACUGCUCGGACGGCAGCGACGAGGACGCCGAGACGUGCGCGCAGCGGACCUGCCAACCGGGACAGUUCCAAUGCGCCAACGGCAAAUGUCUGCCGUCGAGCUACGUGUGCGACGCGCAGGACGACUGCGGCGACGGAUCCGACGAACCUUACGAGACCUGCAUGGGCCCUGAUUACAAGUGUGACGAAACCGAGUUCUCCUGCAAAACAAACUACCGCUGCGUUCCUCAGUGGGCCCGAUGCGACGGCACCAACGACUGCAUCGAUAACAGCGACGAGCAAGGCUGCGAGGAAGUGACCUGUGACCCCCUGGGUGACUUCCGCUGCGACAACCAUCGCUGCGUCCCCAUUCGCUGGAAGUGCGACGGCAACAAUGACUGCGACGACGGCUCGGACGAGAGGAACUGUCAGCCGAGGCCCUGCUCAGAGAGUGAGUUCCGAUGCGACAACCACCAGUGCAUCCCCGGGAAGUGGGUGUGUGACCACGACAACGAUUGCGGCGAUAACUCGGACGAACGAGAUUGCGAGUUGCAGACGUGUCGGCCGGGCACGUUCCAGUGCGACUCGGGUCAUUGCGUCCCCGCCGUGCUGCAGUGUGACGGCCGCCCCGACUGUCAGGAUCUAUCGGAUGAGACCGGCUGUCCCACUCGUUACCCCGGAGGCCGAUGGUGCCCUCCCGGCCAAUUUGAGUGCGCCAACCAUCUGUGCGUGAAUACGGCCUGGGUUUGCGACGGCACCGACGACUGCGGGGACCGAUCUGACGAGCAGCUGGCUUUAUGCCUGAACAUCACCUGCGAGAUGCCGUCUCGAUUCCGUUGCGCCAACGGCUACUGCGUCUAUUCCGGCCUGCUGUGCAACCAGAAGGACGACUGCGGAGACGGCAGUGACGAGAAGCAGGAGCUUUGCCGUCCGCCCACGUUGGCCCCCUGCACGCUAGACCAGUUUAAAUGCACCAAUGGCCACUGCGUGCCGCUGCCUUACGUGUGCGACCACAACGACAACUGCGGCGACCGCACCGACGAGUUGGGCUGCAAUUUUGGCCACGACCGCAACUGUGAGGAGAAGCGCUGCCAGCAGCUAUGUACCAAUUUGAACGGCACGGGAUUCAUCUGCUCUUGCAGCGCCGGAUACACUGUGGACCCGGACAACACUUAUACUUGCUUGGACGUCAACGAGUGCGAGGUCUUCGGCACCUGCCCUCAGCUUUGCAAGAACACCAAGGGCGGCUACGACUGCGAAUGCGCCCCCGGCCACCGAAAAGUGGGCAACGGCGACAUGUGCGAGGCCGAGGGCACCGCUCCCAUGCUGCUUCUACCCGAAAGCAUCCGCAUCCGGAAGUUCAACCUGCAGACGGAAGGCUACCAUGACUUCAUUCAGGAGGCCGAGCGCAUCGUGGCGCUGGACUACGACUGGGACCACAACAACACCGGAUUCAGUAUGGUGUACUUCACCGUGGCCAGCAAGGACUCGGCACCGGGCGCCAUCAAGAGAGCUUACAUACCAUCGGUGGAUGAUGGAAGCAACAAUGUGGGCGCCGCCGUUGACCUCGGUAUUAAGUACAUCACCAGACCGGAUGGUAUCGCUGUAGACUGGGUGGGCAGGAAUUUGUACUGGGCUGACUCCAAGCUUGGGAGGUUAGAGGUGGCCAUGUUGGAUGGUCGCUAUAGGAAGCACCUAGUCAACGCGGAUUUGGGCCACCCGUCUGCCGUCGCGGUCAACCCACGAUUGGGGAUGUUGUACUGGUCCGACCGCGGGGAAGCAGCCAAGAUUGAAUGUUCCUGGCUGGACGGUCAAGAGCGGAAGGUCCUGGUGGACCAAAACAUGGGCUGGCCCACUGGUCUGUCUGUCGACUUCACCAACAAUGACAGAAUCUACUGGUCCGACUCCAAGGAGAACCGCAUCGAGUCGGUUUUGCCGUCAGGAGAGGACCGCAGAACGGCUGUCUUUAUUGACGUGAGAAACCCGUUGAGCGUGAACGUGUUCGAGGACCACGUUUACUGGAGCACGCAGGAGAAAGGCGAAGUGUUCCAGCAAGACAAGUUUGGCAGCGGGACCAAAACCAAGGUCCUGACGGUGGGGCCCUGGCUGAGCCACAUUUCUAUUUACCAGGAGCAGCGAUACAACUCCAUUGGCAUGAAAAAUCCGUGUAAGGGAACGUGCAGCCACCUGUGUCUGCUACGCCCAGGUGGCUACACGUGCGCCUGUCCCCAAGGCACCCAACUCGUCCCUGGAAGUGACACGCAGUGCAAUGCCGGCUUUGAGCCUCCGCCCACUAUGCCGCCGCCGUGCCAGUGCCAGAACGGCGGUACUUGCUACUUUAACGACAACAUGGCUCUCUGCAAGUGUCCUCCAGACUGGAAGGGCCAAUAUUGCCAGACGAGCAUCUUUACCGCUGUGGCCUCAUCAAUCGGCAUCGCCAUCGGCGUGACGGUCAUCAUCUUGGUUCUGCUGGUUGUGCUGGUUUACGCUGCUAGGAAGAAGUCCAACAUAGUGGAGAGACUCCGACUCAACCUUCCUUCCAUGCCAGCCAUGCCCUCCAUGCCUUCAGUGCCCAACAUUGCUUUCUUUAGAAAAAGUCCACCUCCAAAUGCGUCAAAUUUAGAAGACCCUGAACCGAGGCAGAAUUCAGAGGCGGUUCCGUGUAUGCCCCUGGAGGAGUCGGAGCGGAAGAGUUAUGACAAUCCCGCCUAUGUGAAUGGACCGCAAGGUGGCGCUAGAAGCGCGCCCACCACUCCGCUCACUCCCAAUGGAACGAUCCAGGACUCCUUUGAAAACCCGGUGUAUAGCUCUGAGACCGAAAUCGCCGACGUGCCUUCUCCGCCCGCUGCCUCGAGUGCCCAGAGCUUUGAGCCUGUCCAGCGUGACGGAUUUGUGUCGUUCAAAAAUCCAAUCUACACGGAGAACGAGCGUUCGUUCAAAGAUGAUUCUGACGUCUAAUGAGACGUCAACAGGACAAAUGCUGCCAACAUUUCUCAGGCGACAUCAGAACACUGAGGAGUCUAAAAUUAUUUUGUACUUCGAAUAUUUCAAAUCUGCAAAUUUGUAAAAUAAGUUGGAUCUAAGUGUUAUGCUAGUUUUUGUUUUAUUAUGAAUGAUGUCAAAUUGUAUAUUGUGAUUCUUGUUCAUUUCAACCAUUGUCCUUGUUUUUUAAGCUAUAAGUCUGGUGCCAUUUGAUUCAACCAAACAUGCUGUACUUGCUAAAUGAUGACUAAAAGCACUAAAGGAGAA